UACUGACAUGGCCGCCGUCGCUACCUGAAUACUACCUGACGCUCUCUCACCUGACGUACAACUCACCUCCACGACGUCAACACGUUCACCUUUACGCAGCGGUCAUCAUCAGCGGAAGUCCGUGGGAACGAGAAGAGCGGAAGUGCGUGGGAACGUGCAGCUCGUGAACUGAAGGAUGCGGCAGACGUCUUUACGGACUUCUAACCGUGACGUCACAACAUCUGCUGCUGCUGACCUCUACACAGCGUCUUCUUACCACAAGCUGGUGAGGUGACGUCAUCGCGAUGCCGAUCCUGAGGCGCCGGUCGGUGCUGCUCCAGCUGGGCGCCGCGGUCUCGCUCCUGUGUUUCCUCUACCUUAUCGCACAGAACCGCGUGCACAAAAGGACUAGAAACUCCGCCAGGAGACCCCCCCUGGACGACUUCGACCUUUCGAACAAUAUCGGUGACGUGGUUCCGGAAAAUGGCGACCCGUACUUCCGGCCGAAAGUCCGGAGGCCGCCUCCGGAACCGGGCGCACCCGGGGAGUACGGGAAGGGAGUUUCGUUAACACUCACGGAGGAGGAGAAGAAGUUGGAGGACGCCGGCUACAAGCAGCACGCGUUUAACGAGUACGCCAGCAGCAAGAUAUCUCUACAUAGGAGACUACACGAGGCAAGGCAUGCAGAGUGUAAAGACAUCAGGUAUCCGCACGACCUCCCCACCACAAGUGUCAUCGUCACCUUCCAUAACGAGGCGUGGUCCACCCUCCUAAGAACCGUGCACAGCGUCUUGGAGACGUCUCCGGCAAGGCUGCUUGAGGAGGUGAUUCUGGUGGAUGACUUCAGCGAACUGGAACACCUGAAGGAACCCUUAGAGAUGUACCUGUCCCAGCUGAAGUACGUGCGGCUGGUCAGGACCACUCGGAGGGAGGGACUCAUCAGGGCCCGCUUACUGGGGGCUGCGCACGCGCGGGGAGAGGUCCUCACCUUCCUGGACUCCCAUUGUGAAUGUCACGAGCAGUGGCUGGAACCAUUGCUGGCCCGGAUUGCCGAAAACCGGUCCAAUGUCGUGACGCCGGUGAUCGACGUGCUGGACUGGAAGACGUUCGAGUACCAACACACCAUGGAGGUGCAGCGCGGCAUCUUCGACUGGCGACUGACGUUCACCUGGGGACUGAUCCCGGAGUACGAGCGGAGCAGGAGGAAGUCUCCCGUAGACCCCGUCAGGUCUCCGACUAUGGCGGGCGGCCUGUUCGCCAUCGACAAGUGGUACUUCGAGCACAUCGGCACGUACGACGCCGGCAUGGACGUCUGGGGAGGCGAGAACCUCGAGAUGUCAUUCAGGAUCUGGCAAUGUGGAGGGAACCUGGAGAUCAUGCCCUGCUCACGAGUGGGUCACGUGUUCAGACCUCGUUCCCCUCACUCGUUCCCGAAGAAGAACGAAGUCCUGGUGAACUCGCUGCGGCUGGCGGAGGUCUGGAUGGACGAUUACAAGGAGAUUUUCUACAGGAGGAACCCGCACGCAAAAACGGAAAGGUACGGUGACGUGUCCGCCAGGUUGGACCUGAAGGACAAGCUCCACUGCAAGCCGUUCAAGUGGUUCAUGGAGACCAUCAUGCCGGACAUGUACGUUCCCGAGGACAGGCCAGGCCGGUCGGGCGCGUUACGAAACAGUGCCUCAAACCUCUGCUUUGACUCCGAGGGCGCAGAGAAUGCCGGGAAGAGGCCCACUAUGUGGGGAUGUCACGGGAUGGGCGGGAAUCAGUAUUUUGAGCUGAACGGUCGCGAGGAGCUGCGGCACAACACUGGCGGGAAGGAGAUGUGUGUGGAGGCGCAGGGGGGCGAGUUCGUGGUGCUGAUGCACUGCGCCUCGGGAAACAACGUUCCGGCUCAGCAGAAAUGGCAGAUCAGAGGGGACGGAUCCGUUUACAACGCCUACCACAGCAAGUGCCUGCACUUUGACCCCGAGGAGCGGCAGGAGAAGAAAGAGGUCAAGGCCGUCCGCUGCACCGGGCAGGACUCGCAGCGAUGGAGGUUCGACGCCUGAGAAAAACAAAAACGAAAUGGUGACGCGAAACCUUUGGAAAAAUGUAGAGAAUUUUGUAAUUUUAGCCUCCAAUCUGUUGUUUGCAACACUAGAUUUUAAGUGGAGCUGGUCCGGUCGCGUUACAAAAAUAAAAAACACGGACAACGAAAUGGUGACGCGAAAUCUUUGGAAAGAUGUAGACAAUUUUGUAAUCUUAGCCUAAAAUCUAUUGACUGUUUGCAACACAAGUUUGCCACUAGGUCUUCUUCAGGAGGAUUGACCCAGCCGCGUUGCACACGUGACACCAUUGCUUACGUUAAGCCUCCAAUAGGUCACGUGAUCGAUAUGGGUCAGCCAUCUUGAAGAAGAGGGAAAAAUUGGUGAAACUUGAAAAGACACGUUUCUCAACGAAAAUUGGCGACCAGAGGGUGUGAGGACCUCUCCAAAAGACAUUUCAAAUCGGUUUUAUGAGUAGUUUCUUUAUUUAGCGGGGUAAAUUUUUACUAAUACGCAGACUGUCGAAAAUUCCGGGGUGCGUGCAGGUCAACAUCUACAGGAGAUUAAGUUUCAGAAAUGACUGCCCAAGAAAAUCUCAAAAGGCCACAGUUGUACCAAUUGGUGAUUUUUGCAAAGUCUGUACCUUUUGUGCAUUGUUAUGCACGCGCUGUGUAAAGCAAAGCCGUAGCCAAACCUAGCAAUUUAUAGUGGAAAGCGUGACAACUAUUGAAAUGUCCAAUUCAUAAAUAGCAGUUGGUACUGAAUAAAUUGGUAAUAAAUUUGUAAUGGUACGUGCAAAAUUGACACACCAAAAGUGCAAAAUUGACACACCAAAAGUGCAACUUUAGUGUCUACUAGUAUUUUCAUCUUUCUUGCUGAUUUUCUGUAAUAAGUAGGUGCUGUUUUUUUUCCUGUAAAUGAUUUUAGUAUUGAGGACCAGAAACGCCCUAGUAUCAAACUGCAGUGAUAAGUCAAUAAGACAAAACUAACGCAUUAAAAACGUAAAUGUUUUAUUAAAAAAAAGAAAUCAGGUAAAACAUGAUGACGAUGUAAAUAUUUCAUAAAGAGGAAAUUUAUGGUGCAAUCUUAUAUAAGAUUUCUACAAAACCUUCUACUUUCUUAAUUGUCCACCUGUGGAGAUAUAAAGAUCCCAUUGUGCCUCAAUAGAACAUGCUGCAACACUAAUGAUGAUACAAAUGGCAGUGUUUUCACCGGGCCUUUUGAGCAUACUGGCUCUAUAUUCUGUGAUUUGGACCCCUAUGCUGUGAUUUGGACCUUAUGCUGUGAUUUGGGCGCCCUAUGCUGUCUUUCAACCAGCAUAGGGGUGUUUUUUUUUAUAAAUCUGGCAAAAAAUGAAAAUAUUAUUUUAGAAUGAAGCUAAGCUUAACUUUACAACAUCUGUCCAAAUAAGCAAGAAAUAGUGUCUCAGGGGGUUAUGAGUUUCAAUUUUUUUGGCUCAAUGCGCGACGCGACGCAAAAGUUGCUCUAUUAAAUCUGUACCUGACCCUUAGGCUGUAAAAAAAUCCUGGUGAGAACACUGAAUAAUGACUGUUGCAUCCAGAACCGCGCCUUAUACAGAACCAAGGCUCAGGCACGGUUCUGGAUAGUUCAAAUUUCUCGUUGCGGUAGGCAGAACGCCUGAUCUUUGACAUAUCAGAAUGUUGUGACUGUUGUCAUGGAAACAUAUCAUGAGCUUUGUGACUAAGGUCGUUUGUACGUGACGUCACAACUACCGCCAUCCUGGCUGGUUAAACCCAAAAGAGUCAGGCCUGGACAUUUGUAUAAUGUAUGCGUGACUGUGGUUGGUAUACAGAUGUAAGGUUCCCAGGCAAGCUCUGGGUUUAAACACCCAACAUGGCGGACCAUUCUAGGUCACGUGAGUGCAAACCCAAUUCGGAUUAAAAAGGAACUUAGUAUUUUAUAUAAAAACGAUCUUCACUACUGGUUAUUAUUACAUACCAAACACUUUAUCUUGUAGAAGCAUUGCAUAAAGACCAAUGCACAUUUUUAGAGUAGGGAUUAUGUUUUAUUCCAUUUUUGGUUGAAUGUUUGGUUUUCUUGUCGUGAAGAUUAGGCAUACAUUAAUAAAAUGUCACUUCAGAAGAAGCCAAAAGUUCGACUGAUUUUACAUCAAAAGACGGCACUAUCCAAAUCUUCAUCAGCCAAAAGCUGGAGCAGUCAGCUAUCAGUAAAACUGCUCGAAAGUUACAUGUAAUUUGGUCGUCUGUUAUCAUUAAUAACUCUAAACAUUCGUCAGUUUUUACUGCUCAUGAAUGCUGGUUUGCUCAAACAGACCAUAAUCAUGGAAGAAUUGUUUUAGUCCUGAUGAUAAAACUAUGUUGCAGUGAAUGAUUUUAGUUAUAGUCCAAAAGUGCAUUUCGUCGAAGAACUCCAUUUAUUCCUGUUUGACUUAUUGUAUUAUCUAGUUCCCAUGUUUCGACGUCAAAUGUAAGGAACUGUAAUGGAAGCCACCGUAGCAGGCUUAUAGAACUGGGGAUUUGGUGGUCUUCGGCUGUUUUCUGAUUAGCCCAGUUCACAAAACGGUGGUAAUUCAACCA